AUGCAUGUAGAGGCGUAUCGUCAUCAAGUUGGUGGUCAUUGUCGUCUAUUAAAGGCAAAAGAUUCAUCAAAAGUAUUUAAACCUCUUAAUGAGAAUGAAUUCCUUUUUUAUGAUAAAAUAUCCUCAUUGGGGGCCCCCAAUGCAGAGGCGGGGCCCCUACAUAUAUUAAAACAAUUUGUACCCAAAUAUUAUGGUGUUACAGAGAUACUUAUGCAUAAUACUUAUCAUCAAGAUUGGGAUCUACAUACAAAAGGCAAUAAUCAGCAACAGCAACAGCAGCAACAACCACUGCAGCAACAAACACUGCAGCAAACACUGCAACAGCAAGUUGCUGUGCAACAGCAACACGGAGGAGAGACGAGUGGCCAACAGCAGGGUGCUGAUGCAGCAGCAAAUGCACCAACUGCUGCAACUGCACCAACUGCAGCAACUGCUCCUGUUGCUGCAGUUGGUGGUAGUGUGGUGAAUAGUAGUAGAAAUUGUAGUAGUGGUAACUCUCCUGAUCAUACUAGCAGCAGCAGCAGCAGCAACAGCAGCAGCAGCAGCAGCAGCAGUAGUAGUAGUAGUAGAGUAUCAGGGAGUACGGAUGGUGUUACACCAUCAAUAUCAUCACCAUUGUUAG